AAGGGGGCAGGACUUUUUCUCUCCGGGUCCUAUUAAGAGCAAACUUUGUGUUUUUGUUCUCCAAGUUCAGCUCAGUGCUCUCCAGCCUGCACACACUCCCGCUCUGCUGCGCUUUCUUCUUUCCCAUUUUCCUUCCUCAAUGGUUUUGUUUGGCCGCCCGUUGGUCACCACUCAGUGUUUUUGCAUGGGGGAUCCGGACACCGAGAGGAUGCGCUUUCUGGAGGAGCAAAAAGUUGUCUCUUCGGCCGCUCCUGGUUUGUUUUAGAGGAUACAUAGAUGCUUUUCGGGUUGGAAUGAACAAUGGUGCGGCUCCUUGGUGCUCUGGCCGGGGGCAUGCUCUGGUUUCGGCUACUGUUGCUGUGCGUCGUGGAGUUGGAGCUGGGAGCCGGCGCUUCUACUUUCCAAGGUUUCUAUCUUCCACCUGCGAGCGGCUCGCUUCUCGCACCUGCCCGGAGGACCGACGGGGUGGUGCGGACCAUUGACCGGAUUUACCACGGAGGAGGGAAGGUUGGGUACCUGGUGUACCUGGAUGGGAGCCGCUUUCAGCUGGACAUGGAGCGGGAUGAGUCGGUGCUGUCGCAUCACUUCAGCCCCCAGUAUGUGCUUGCUAUGAUGGGUCAGAGCCCUGCGCCCGUGCAGCGGGAGUGCGUGUACCGCGGGACAGUGAACUCCAACUCGGAGUCUCUGGCCGUGUUCAACCUGUGCGGAGGAGGUCUGGAGGGCUUCUUCGCCGUGAACCAGUCGCGCUACACCAUCACGCCGAUCAUCAGGGCGAAAGGACACGAGCACGACGUGCGCGCCCUGCAGGACAAGGACGCGGAGAGCGCGCUCCACGUGUUCACGCGCGAAAGUUUCAGUUUCGAGGCCAUGGGCGAGGGACGCGAGAGCUGCGGGACGCGCGACAGGCGCAGAGGACGCAGGGAUGCGGCGGGAACACGGCGGCGCAGAGGUCGCGGGAAGGCGAGACGGGACGGACGGGGGCUCAGCAGGGAGAGCGCAGAUGGACGGGACUGGUGGAGCCGGUUCGCCAAAGCAGCCGCUCCGGAGCCUGGCGCACGGCGCAAGAGGUCGGUGUCCCGCGCCAGGCACGUGGAGCUGCUCCUGGUGGCGGAUGACACCAUGAUCAAGAAAUACGGCAAAGACUUGAACCACUAUCUGCUCACACUGGCCUCCAUCGCAUCCAAGCUGUACGGACAUGCCAGCAUCGAGAACCCGAUCCGGCUGUCGGUGGUGAAGGUGGCCACGGUGGGUGAGAAGGAGAAGGGGCUGGAGGUGUCCAAGAACGCGGCAGCGACGCUCAAGAGCUUCUGCAAGUGGCAGAACCAGCAGAACCCGCUGGAUGAUGACCACCAGCAUCACCAUGACGCCGCCAUCCUCUUCACCAGGCAGGACCUCUGUGGCCACCACUCCUGCGACACCCUGGGAAUGGCGGACGUCGGCACCAUCUGCUCUCCGGAGAGAAGCUGUGCUGUCAUCGAGGACGACGGGCUUCACGCUGCGUUUACUGUCGCGCAUGAGAUAGGUCACCUGCUCGGUUUGUCCCAUGACGACUCCAAGUUCUGCGAGGAGCGUUUCGGAGUGAACAGCGACAAGCGGCUCAUGUCGUCCAUCCUCACCUCCAUCGACGCCUCCAAACCCUGGAGCCGCUGCACCUCGGCAACCAUCACAGACUUCUUCGACGACGGCAACGCCGAGUGUCUCCUUGAUUCCCCACGUCAGCCCCUUCUGGGCCCUGAGGAGCUACCAGGGCAGAGCUAUGACGCCGUCCGGCAGUGUCGCCUGGCCUUCGGACCCGAGUACACGGUCUGCCCAGGCAUGGACGUAUGUUCCCGGCUGUGGUGCGCCGUGAUUCGCCAGGGACAGAUGGUGUGCUUGACCAAGAAGCUGCCGGCGGUGGAGGGAACGCCCUGCGGGAAGGGACGCAUCUGCCUGCAGGGAAAAUGUGUGGACAAGACCCGCAAGAAGCACUACUCGGCGUCCAACCACGGCAGCUGGAGCUCUUGGGGUCCUUGGGGUUCAUGUUCGAGAACUUGCGGAGGUGGGGUGCAGUUCGCUCAGCGUCUGUGCAACAACCCGCCACCUCGGAACAACGGGCGCUACUGCACGGGGAAGAGAGCCAUCUACCGGUCCUGCAACGUCACACCAUGCCCGGCAUCGAAUAAGACUUUCCGCCAGGAGCAGUGUGAGGUGCGCAACGGUCCCCAGACGGAUCCUAAAGGGGUGAAGACUUUCGUUGAGUGGGUGCCGAAGUACGCCGGAGUUCUACCUAAAGAUGUGUGCAAGUUGACCUGCAGGGCGAAAGGAACCGGAUACUAUGUGGUGUUCUCUCAGAGGGUGGUGGAUGGGACCGAGUGUCGUCCUUACAGCAGCUCGGUGUGCGUAAAAGGCAGAUGUGUGCGGACGGGCUGCGACGGCAUCAUCGGUUCCAAGCUCCAGUUUGACAAGUGUGGGAUAUGUGGAGGAGACAGCAUGGGAUGUAUACGAGUAGUGGGAAACUUCACCAAGAAGAGUAAGGGCUACACUGAUGUCGUGAAGAUCCCUGCAGGCUCUACUCACAUCAAGGUCCGGCAGCACAAGGCCAAAGACCAGACCCGCUACACCGCCUACCUGGCCAUCCGACGGCCCAACGGCGAGUACCUCCUCAACGGCAAGUUCAUGAUCUCCACCUCCGAGACAAUCAUCCCCCUCAACGGCUCGGUGCUCAACUACAGCGGCUGGAGCCAAAGGGACGAGUGGCUCCACAGCAUGGGCCCCGGGGCUCUGCUGGAACCGUUAGUCAUCCAGAUUCUAGCUACGGACGCCAAAAAGCCACUGGAUGUUCGCUAUAGCUUCUUCAUGCCCCGAUGGACAGCACCGCAGCAGCCGGCGCCUCCGCUCAUCCCAAAGUCCACGCCUUCGCAGAGCACUAUGACAGCGUCAACCACGACGAGGACCACCACCAGCAGCACCACUACCACUUCCUCCGCUCCUCCUGUUCUGGUCCCAGGGCCACCUACAGCUCCAGGUCAUUCAACACCAACCCCAGGGCCGCAGUGGGUAACGGGGCCCUGGAUGAUCUGCUCCAGGACUUGUGACACUGGUUGGCAGAGCCGGACAGUGCAGUGUAAGGACCAGGAUGGGAAACUGUCUAAAGGCUGCGUACUGGGCGCCCGGCCCUCUGCCUUCAAACACUGUCUGGUGAAGAAAUGUUGAGGGGGCCGGAGAGGGAGUGAAUUUUAAAACAAUUUGUAGGAACAAGUUGUAAUCUGUACAUCUCAUAAAGGUCUCAAGUGCUGGAUGGAUGUAGCACUAUGAACUAUUCAGACGUAGAAGCUUGAACGGGACUGUGAAUGUUGGCGGAGAGCGCCGGGACCAGACACAAAGAGACUCAAAGACAGGUUGGCAUGGAUGUACCCGACUAUAUGCCAGAGGAAGGACCUGGAGUCAUAGAGACUAUGCAGAGCACGACUAGAACGGAGGACAGUUUCCACACCAUAGUGACGAGUAUCGCCCUGGCAUAGCUAAAGUUGCAUGUCAUUUCCACAUGGACAAUAAGUGAUUGUCUUUACUUGAGUCUCCAAACUGUGGAGGCUUAGUGUGUGUUGCUCUGUAACGGCAUGCGUGUUGUGUCUUUGUAUGCUUCCUUGUCUUCUAAUCACUGUGGGAAUUUGGAAGUCACACUUCUUUUGUCAUGAGUGUGUCCAAGACAAGAGCCCCAACCACAGGAAGCAAUCGUUUCUUCAUCUUGCCGUCGUUUCUGGCCGUACGGUAACCCCGAUCCAUCACCGUCAUACCAUCCUAGGUGAUCAUCUCCUGAUGUUUUAGUGACUAAGUAGACCAUAAAAACUGUUGGAAACACAAUAGCUGAAAAAAGGCAAUUCUGACCAAGGAAGGCCUCUACUAUUAGAUUCUAAUAAAUGGUGAUCUUCUUCAUUCCCAGUGCAUAUCGGUAUUCUCCCCAUUCUACCUGGUGUGACUGUGCAUUGGUGGUUUGAUCCUUGUCCUCAUGUUGAGGUCCAAAAAGACCUUAAAUUUGCUCCUGACGUGAGCGUAGCACCUUGCACGGCACCUUUGUUGCAAUCGGUGUUCAAUAAGGUGAUUGAGAAACAGAAUGUAAAGUGCUUUGGAACUGCUAAGCUAAUAAAAGUGCUAUACGAGUGCAGACCAUUUACCAUCUCUUGUUGAGAAAUGUGGUUGAAAUGUUCAAGUUACAGAGGAUGUAAAUACGUAUGAUGGCUCUGGAUUAGGGUUACCAAUAUGUCCCAACUAUAAGCAGGCGUCAUAUUGAGAACACCCCCCAAAAAAGCUGAUUGAAAUGAUUGUUCAGGCUGCACUGGAGGAUUCUUUGACGGCAAAGAACGAACUGGGAAACCCUGACAUUUUUUUUACUGGAUUAUAUCCGAACAGCAGUUAUUUUGUACAAAGAUAAGGAGCUAAUCAAUCAUAUGCAGUAAGUCUCUUGACCCCAAGUAUCCCUUCUACUGAAUCUGAUAAUCACCUGUACAGUGUAGAAACAGCAGCAUUGCAUCAUGGGAAAGAAACCAACAAAGCUGCGAAGUAACAAUGACACUCCUUAACGGUUAUGGAGGUAAAUGAUGACUCACAGGUUUGGGGCAAUGCUUGAUUUUUAUGCUUGUGUAGUGCGCAAGUGUGUCUUCAUUAAGCACAUACAGUAUGUACCGUGAACAUGAGUUUUUUUGUUUUUUUAGUUCUCUACUGCGUCCUGAAGCUUCUCACUCUCAGUUCCACUUGUAUCAAUCAUUAUGCUGGUGCUGGGAGGACUGUUUUUUGUGUUGGUUAAUAUCUGUUUGUUUAUCUGUUUAGGAAAUGAUGCUAAUUUGACAAUGUGUGCCCUGGAUACUCGCAACGACAGCAAGACAGAUACUAAUGCAGUCAUCACAGUCCUUUUGCAAUUCAACUCUUUCUUCGGUCUUUUCAUCCAUGGUCUUUCACUAGUUUUACAUUCUGUAUUUGUUUUUGUUUUUUUAGCACUGAUGGGUGGAGUUGGCCACAGUACAAAACUUCUGAGUUUGCCACGAAAAAGUUGCAGCACGGUGAUCAUGUUACAUCUGGUGGAGGAUAUUGAAAGGUCAGGAAUCCCAAGAGAAAUUGCAGGUUUUUGAAGCUAGAGCCUGAGCAAGAGCUUCAUGGAAUUUAAGUUGUUCACAAGUUUACAAAAAAUACACUCAAAAUUGCAUUGAAAUAAUAAUAAUAAGAACUUAUAACUCCAUAAAGAUUGCUUUAGUUAUUUUUUUGACAAUUUGCAGACCUCAUUGGUCUUCAUUAAAUAUUUUUAUUAUAAUUUUUGGCCAUUUUUAUGCCUUUGUAGUAGCAGCAGAGAGAGAAAAAGUGGGAAAAGAGAGGAGGGAAAUGGCAUGCAGCAAAGGAACCUCGAACCAGAGACUCCCUGCUCAGCACAUUUGAACCCCUCUGUUAUGACCUUAAACCCCUCAGCUGUCGGGUCGCCCCACCGUCAGCGACUUUAUUAGAACUACUUUCUACCGUAGCAACAGUCUCAGUGACAGCUGGGGAACACUUGUUGGAAGUACUGUUGUUUAAUUAAAGAAGAGGCUGAACAUUUUUGGAAAAGCACAACAGUUAGAUGAGACAAUCAGCACCGCCAAGAUACAGUUCAGUAAGAUUAGCAGCUAGCUAGCUUGGCUCUGUCUAAAAAUUGUAAAAUGGGAAUACAAGCAUUGCUACAGUUCACUAAUUAGUACACGCUGUCUUGUUUAUUUGCUGUUUUAAAUCAAAAAUUUACCCCAAUUUGCUGCUGUUUCCCAUCUCAGUGCUAGGCUAAGCUAACAAGCUGUAAAACUUCUCAACUGACUCUAUGCUGUGAUUCAAGUUGGAUCUAUCCAAUAAUAAUAUUAUUAUUAUUAUUAUUAUUAAUAAUAAUAAUAAUAAUAAUAAUAAUAAUAAUAAUAAUAAUAAUAAUAAUAAAUUCUUGUUUAAAGUCAACGGUAAAAAUGUACCCCAGUUUGCCCAUGUUUCCCAUCUAAAUGCUAAGCUAAGCUAACAGACCGCUGGCUUCAUGUAUGAGUGUGGUAUCAAACCGCUCAGCUAACUCCUGACAGGACAGCAAAUAAGUGCAUUUCCAGAGAUAUUUCAUGUAACUUCUGUGAACCAAGUCCUCCACCGAUCCUCAUAAUAUAACAUAAUUGUUUCCGUCCAUUAAAUGCAAUGUUAAACCUGGAUACAGUUAGAGAAGAUUAGCAUCGGGCUAGUUCAGCUCUGUCCAAAGGUUGAAAACCUUGUUUAUUUACUUUUCACAACAAUCAAAAGGUAAAAACUGAGCUUAGUUUGCAGUUGAUUCCUGUAUUAAUGCUAAGCUAAGCUAACUGGCUGCUGGCUGCAGAGUAUAUUUGAGUGUGGUGUCAAUCUUCUCAGCUAACUCUCAGCAAAUCAGCUAAAAUGUAGGUGAAGCUGAGAAAAUAUGAACAUUUGGGUAAACUAAUCCUUUAAAAAUCCUUCCAGAUUCAUUGCAUAAGAAGCUGCAUUAAGAGUGUCAGUAAUGUGCUUCAGCAUGAGGAUAUUUUUGCGUAAUACAAUGUAAAGUUAAUUACAUACCUUCUGAUCCACUGCAAUACCUUCCUGUAUUUGUGUUAAAAUAUCUGGCAGCCGUUAUGUUUUCCUGUGUGGCAAACCUCACCCAUCUGGCACCCUCGCAGGAGAAAACAAAGCGUGAGAAGCAUUUUCAGAUCCCAAGUCCUCCCUUCUCCCCUCACAUGUCCAGAUUUAUUUACACAAUGUAGACAUGUUUGUACGACAAAUAGAUCUUCCAUAUAUGUGUUAGUAUUCAAGCAUAUUUAAACAGAAAAUGUACACGUAACGAUGCAUCGUCUACACAAUUUUUGAGUAUUUCCAACUCACACACACUCACACAACCUACUCUGACUCUUCCACUGGGGAGACCGACGACAGAAAACACAGCACUGAACUUGUAAUUUAUUGUUUGUACAACUGCUAUGUGUGAAUAAAAAAAAACAAUGAGAUGAGUUUUAUUUAUUAUAGUAAUUUUGUAUCAAAUUACUAUUUAACUUAGGAACAUGACUGUGCAGAAUCAUUCCUUUGUAAGAAAAUAGUGUUUUCUUUUCUAGUCAUACACAUGAAUAUAUGUAUAUAAAAUCUAUAUAUUUAAA